AUGUGUGUUACCUGCUCUGGGGAAACGUUCCAGAACGCUGCCUUUAUCAUCAUUGAAGAGGACGACGAUGACGAGCCUCAAGACAACCCUGACGAUCCACCAAUACGGGAGUACCUACCUAUAGGGGACGAAGACGGCGACCCACCAAUAGUGAAAGACAUACCUAUUAAACAGAGCAACGAAAGGAUUUUUGCUGCCCAGGUUGCAGUGGAACCCAAAGAAAAGACAGUAUUACCGGGAGACAGUGUCACCUACCUUUGUCGGCUGGCUGUACCGCUCCAGUACUGUCGGAUAGAAAUUCCCGGUUUUCAACCUGUCAAUUUAAACAAAGAAUCAGCGACUAGUGAGCUUUCGUACUUUGGGAAAGGUUUGGAGUUUGGUGAGUGUGGCUUCACGAUACAGAGGGCGCAAGACAAAAAUAAUGGUGACGUUAAGUGCACCCUCGGUAUACCCAGUGAAUCCACUGAAUCUGUUGGGACUAUGCGACUGGUCGUAGCAAAAGCUCCUAAUCCACCAGCAUUGGACUUAACAAGAGGAAGAGACUCUUUGGGAGUUUACAAAAUCAAUGAUGUCCUGGAAGCAUCCUGUAUCGUCAGUGACGGUAGGCCAGUGGCUAACCUCAGCUGGUUCCUGGAUGACGAGCCGAUACCAGAAAAUGAACUGACUAUGCCGACCGAGAUGACCAUCGCUAAGGACAACUUACACUCGAGAAUUCAAAACCUUACGCGGACGCUUCGAGCUACCGACAACGGAAGAAGCUUAAGAUGUGUCGCGGAACAUCCUGCCUAUCCUAAUGGAAGAUCGGAGACCAGUCUACAGUUAAAUGUUGAAUUUCCCCCUCUGCCCAUAUACGAUUCGUUGGACAGAUUCGAUUACCAAAUCGGAAAAAUGGGCCUGAUAAAUGUAACCGUCGAAGCGAACCCUCAGCCGCAGGUAGAAUGGGACAUCGGAGGCCAGAAGAUAAGGGAAGGCUCCACAGAUAAUACCGGAAGGAUAGAGGCGGAAGGAGUAACAAGCCUGGGGAGGAGUAAAUACAUAGCCAAUCUAAGGAUAGCAGCAGUGAAGAAAGAGGAUACCGAGACGGAGUAUAUUUUAACGGCACACAACAGCUACGGGUUUCAGGAGUAUAGACUGAGGAUUUCUACAAAUCCGGAGCCAGAAGGCGUAGACUUGGGAAUCGGUGCCGUUAUCGGCAUCGUUGUAGCCAUCCUGUUCGUAAUCCUUCUAGUGUCAAUUUUGAUCUUCGCAAAAGUGACGGGACGGUGGUGUUUUAGCGGUGGUAGCGAUCAUCGCAAUUUUGGAGAGUCUAGCGACACUGAAAGCGCCGACGUUCGACCCAGGGAAACGAAGAAAGCCGUUCAGCCAAUAAAAUUCACCUCUUUCUUCAAGAAGAACAAAGACAAAGUGUCUUCCGAAGACGAGCCAGAGGUGAGACAGAUGGAAACAGAGGAAAACAAGCAAGCACCGGAGGAAAUCAACACCACCCUGCGGACUGAAGCGGAACCGAAAGAGGGGCUGGUUUACGCCGAGUUGGACCUGGUAAGGGCCGACAUGAAACCGGUCGUUAAAAAAGACGAUGAGAAAACCGAAUAUGCUGAAAUCUUGUACACCCCCGCCACUGGAAAGGAGGAAGAACCAGAACCGCAGACGAAGUAAGGGAAUUCCAUUUUUGUUGAUCACUAAAUUUUCUCGAUGUUCUCCUAAGGGUGAAGGGAAAUGUUGGAUUAGGUAGCAAAAAGGUUUGUUUUAAUAAUAAUUUAAAGUAAAAAGUUAAUCUUAAAAGUUUUAAGAAGUCAAAAAUAUU